AUGAACUACAGAACCUUCAGGCUCAACAUCGGGACCAGCAUCAGCAGUAGCCCAACUCCAGAACCCACAACCACCACUAGCACUAGCUCAAAGACCACCAGUUCAAGCAAUUGGACCAGCUCUUCCAGCUCAAGCAGCAACACAAUCAGUCCAACUCCAGCAACCACAACCUCCAUAAGUUCCAGUUCAAGGACCACCAGUAUCAGCAUCAGUCCUGAGACAAAGUCUGCCCAAAACCUAGAACCCAGCACAACGACUACCAGACCUGGCCUAAAGCUUAAAACUGAACUUAAGCCUAAACCUGGAACAAAGCCCAAACCAGACCCAAGGCCUAUUCCAGGCCUAACACCUAAACCUGGACCAAGACCAAAGCCUGUCCUGAAGCCCAGACCUGCUCCAAAGCCUUGGCCCAAAACCACCACCCAAGGUCCAAGGACCACUUCCCCCACACCUAGCCCCAAAACAUCCAAUAGCUCAAUCCAAAGGACCAUGACUGACCCAAGCCCACAAACGGCCACAAGCCUAAAAAAUACCAGCUCAAGCCAACAAUUUAGCACAAGCCCUAGCCCCAAAACUACCACUACUAGUCCCAUCCUAUUGACCAACUCUAACCAUAGCCCUACUACCAGCCCUGACUCCCCUACCCCCAGCCCCAUACCGGAGUCUUCCACCCCCAGUGUGAGAGAACUGCGUGUGAAGACCAGCCGGGUAUCCGCUAGUCUGAAUGACACAAGGGUUUCUCGAGGAGGGCAUCCAAAGGUCCGUCCUGGGCUAAACCUGCUCACAGAGAAGGACCAGGUAGGCAGCAAGACUGACAGGACAGAAAACCAGCCUCAAAGCCCUGCACAUAUUUCACCAGGAGUUACCAUGGCACCCAGAGACUGCUCUGACCACAUGGCCAGGGGGGAGAGGAACAGCGGAGUCUACAAAGUGACCCCUGACCCUAAGAACGGAACCAUUGCAGUGUUCUGUGACAUGGAGUCUCAUGGCGGAGGGUGGACCGUCAUUCAGCUCCGUCAGGAUGGCAGUGUGAACUUCGACCGAACCUGGGCUGAAUACCGGACGGGCUUCGGUGACCUGAUGGGUGGGGAGUUCUGGCUGGGCAACGACCACAUCCACCUCCUGACCCGACACAGGGUGAUGGUCCUCAGGGUGGAGCUGGAGGACUUUAACAGCAUGAUGGAGUACGCAGAGUACAGGCUCUUCCGUGUGGCUGGCGAGCGGCUGCGCUACCGCCUGUCUGUGGGUGGGUACUCGGGCACGGCGGGAGAUGCACUUCAAUUUAGCAAGAGUUAUAACCACAACAACAGGUUCUUUACGACUCCUGACAGAGACUAUGACCGCUACCCUUCAGGGAACUGUGGGGCCUACUACAGCUCAGGCUGGUGGUUUGACGCCUGUAUGGCUGCCAACCUCAACGGGAGAUAUUAUGUGGGAAAAUACAAAGGGGUGCGGAACGGGAUCUACUGGGGGACGUGGCAUAACAUAUCCACAGAGUACUACCCGACUAAUGACAGACAAUCUUUCAAGACUGUCAGAAUGAUGAUCAGGCCAAGGGGCUAUGCAAAGUGAUUGUCUGCUGGCUCUUCGGUUGGCGUUCUCAGCUGUUGCAAUUCUCAAAUAGGGGGGCCGGGGACCCCUAUGGGACCUCCAAGAUAUUUCAAUGGGUCCACGACAAAGUAGGAAAAAGCAGAUAAAAUGCUCAAUGUUCAAAAUAUGAUUUUUUUUGGGAGGAGUACUGUUAGAUAUGCAAAUGGAAACAUUCAGAUUGUACUGCUGUUUCAUAUUUUUGGGGUUUAUAAUGCCUUUUGUUUAACAAGCAGUUUGAAUAUAUUGCAUAAUUUUAUUUACUCUUUGAAAUAUUAAAUCUCUGAUUUAGGCGGGUCAACAACCCCUAAAUCUACUUAAUUUCUUGAUAAAUAUUAGUGGGCCUUGGAAAAGCCUGCUCUGUUGGUACAAUACUGCCACUUUGUGGUCUGAAGCGAAACACCACUUUUUUAUGGAUUAAAAUAGAACAUUCAAACUGUGGAAAAGAUGUACAGAGUUCCUGAAUUAAUUUAUAAGAUGCCUUCUUAUUAUCUAUGUAAGGUUACUGUUUGAAAGUAUUGUAGGAAAACGGUUUCAUAGAAGUCUUUCUCCUGUGACGAGAAAGAUAAAUACUCUUUGAGGAGGGUAAUGAAGAGAAGGACAAAAACUCUUAAAUUGUACUUGAUUGAUUGUAAUGAUUGACUGAUGAUUGAUUGUUGUAAUGUUUUUUUAUUCUCAGUAUUUUU